AUGCUUGCCAAGUCGACUAGAGCACAUAGCCCAUUGCAAGUGGCGCUGUUCGAGAACAAUAGACUCUACUGCGGGAAUCUCCAGAAAGCUGCAAAGUCCGGCGCUCUGGGUCUUGUGAAGGGCCACACCAACAUCCCUCGCAAGGCAUCUCGUGAUGCCGUCAAGUCUAUCGGUGAGAGCGCUGUGCGACGCUGUGUGGGAACAAUGACAUCUGCCGCAGGAUAUCGCAUUACACUAUGGUAUUUGCUUCGACAUAUCACAUAUGGCGAGCCACCUUUCCUUGUAAGACAUGACUAG